GCCAAUAAUACUGAUGCAGAAAUGUAAUGUUAUUCAUUUAUUGAUUUUUGUUAUGUGCACAGUAACAUAGCAUCUGGGUUCAUAGCAUAGAUUAAAUGCAUUCUGACAUGUAAGGGCCUGAUUUUCAAAACGACAGAAGCCCACAACCAUGUAUAAAACUGAGAGCCUCAUUCAGCUAACAACUGUGCAUGCAAAACAGUAUUUCAACGGUCACAUGCUCUGAUGGUAUGCAUAGUUGUGAUAAAUGCAUGCAUGGUUAUACUGUUGAAAACUGGUCUGUACAUCAGUCUGUCCACAGUAUGCAGCAUAAACAGCCUUCCUUGUAUGGACCCAGCCAACUAUUAAUGACUCAUAGAUUUUAAGGCCAGCUGGGACCAUUGUCAUCAUUUAGUUUGACCUCCUGUAUAACACAGGCCAUAGAACUUCCCUGAAAUAAUUCCUGUUUGAGCAUAUAUUUUAGAAAAAACAUCCAAUCACCCACCUGCUAAUGGCCCAUAGUUGAGGAAGCAUUUGGCCAAGAAGAUGUCUUGCACUGUGCUCUGAAGAUCCUGCUGAAGGAUGGUGAUGUCUUGUCUGUUUCUCCUGUGAGGAGAGGGAUAUUUUAGAGGAAUGGCAGAAGGAGCUGUAUCAGUGCCUGAGGGAGAAGAAUGUACAAGGUUGGCUUCACUGGGUAAAUGCUAUAAAAGUCCCAAACCAAAACUGAUAUCUCCAAUAGAACCAAGAGAGUCAGAGCUGUGGGUUGUGGAUCUUCAGGACUCAGUGGAUGGAGCUAUUCCUGAAAGCCCCUCCCCAGGUGGUGGGAUCCUGAGCAGAACUGAGAAGCAUCACAAAGAAGGUCGUGAGAAACUGAAGCUGUUGAGAAUGUUAUUGGGGAAAUCAAAAGAGAGAAUUUCCCAGAGACCUGACCAGGAAACUACCUGCAAAGGGCAGCACAAGUCACAAAAGCAGAAGGGAAACACAGCCAGGGGUGAGGGAGGUAUCACAAGGAGGCAUGAAAGAACUUUCAGGGAACUGCGCAAGCCCCCUGUGCCAGAGAGGUCAGAGACAAGUGAGGGACCGUGCACAUAUCCUGUGUGUGAGGAAAGCUUUGAGGGGCAGAGAGACCUGAAUAGCCAUAAGAACAGCAUUCACACGGGAAAGAAAACGUAUAAAUGUAGGGCCUCUGGGAAAAGCUUCAGGCAAAAGCAGGAGCUCUCAGCACAUGCGAGAGUCCAUGGAGCCAAGAAACCCUUCCCCUGUGCCGAGUGUAAGAGAAGCUUCAGUCGGCUUUCCCAUCUCACUGUGCACCAGAGAACCCACACAGGGGAAAGGCCCUUCUCCUGCCCUGAGUGUGGGAAACACUUCAGCCACCUCUCAAACCUCACAAGACACCAGAGGACCCACACAGGGGAGAGGCCCUACAGCUGCCCUGAGUGUGAGAGGCGCUUCAGUAACCUGAGCAGUCUCACCACCCACCUGAGGACCCACACAGGGGAGAGGCCCUUCACCUGCCCCCAGUGCGAGAAGAGCUUUGGUGAUCAGUCUAAUCUCACCACCCACUUGAGGACCCACACUGGGGAGAGGCCCUAUGUGUGUCCUGACUGCCAGAAGAGCUUCAGCGACCAAUCGACUUUUGCCAAGCACCAGAGAACCCACACGGGGGAGAGACCCUACCCCUGCCCCCACUGCGAGAAGAGCUUCAUCCAUAGAUCCCACCUCACUACGCACCAGCGGACCCACACAGGAGAGAGACCUUACAAAUGUCCUGGCUGUGAGAAGCGCUUCAGCCAGCUCUCCAACGUUACCACCCACCUGAGGACCCAUUCGGGAGAGAGGCCCUAUAUCUGCGCCGACUGUGGGAAGAGCUUCGGCGACCAGUCGAGUCUGAGGAAGCACCGCCGGACCCACACGGGUGAGAGACCCUAUCCCUGUCCCCACUGUGGGAAACGCUUCAGCCAGCUCUCCAAUCUCAACACCCACUGCAGAACCCACACCGGCGAGAGGCCGUACAUCUGUCCACACUGUGGCAAGAGCUUCAGUGAGCAGUCAAACCUGGCCAAGCACCUGAGAACCCACCUGGGGGAGAGGUCCUCCCCUUGGCCCCGCAGCGAGAAGAGCCUCAUGCACAUCUCACACCUCUCUGCGCACCAGAGAAACCACGUGGGGGAGGGGGCCUACAAAUGUACCGACUGCGACAAGAUCUUCAGCGAGCAGUCGGACCUGGUGGAGCACCUGAAAGCCCACUCGAGGGAGAGACCCCACAGUGACAAGAGCUUCAUCCAAAAGUCAUCUCUGGUGAAACUUCAGGGGCUUCCUCAGAGAUUGAAACCAUAGGAGGCUGGAACACUCCUCUCCGUCAGCUUCCCUCUACCUGUGUGUGUGUACAGUGAUGUGCACUGGAGGAGAGGGAGUUAUAGAGAAUCUGAGAAAUACACUCAGCCCAUCCACUCCCAAAGUCAUCACCACCUCCCCAGUCCAGUGGAGGAGGUCCUGAAUAAUGGGAAGGGGCUUCACCAGUGGCCAUUCCUUACCAGGCUGUCCUAGAAGAGUGUCAGGAGGCUGCACAUGCUGUCCCCAUCCCAUCCACAAACCCAUUCUGUUUCCCUACUCCAAUAUCCUUGCAGUUGUUCUGUGUGUUAGGGGUUGGCCUCCCGAGCAUCUCUCCAUACUGUGUUGAGAGGUUUUGCUGAGGUGCAUUUGGCAUUCCCCCAGGGUUGGGAGGGGCAUAAGUGAAAAUAUCAGUUAUUUUUAUUUCAAAUCUGAUUCUGCUCUGAAAAGUGACUCUGUAAAAAUGGUAUUGUGAGGUUCCAUGUUCAUUGUCUUUCAGUGAUUUGAGAUCAAAUUUGCUCCGUUUACAAGUUAAAAGAUGGUUAUUCUGUUAGCCCUGCAGAGUCAGCAUGGUAUACGUGAGUGAAUCUGGGUUCUUUCUGUUUGUACGUCAUCAUUGUCAUUGGUAAUAAAAAUUCUGUGAUCCAAAUUCUGCACUCAGUUAUGCUUGUGCAAUCUGACCAUUGUGUUCAAAGGAGGACAGAAUUUCGCUUUGCAACUGGGACUUGAUUUACAAUUUUGUUGAUGCACAAACCAGAAUGGAAUCCAGCUAACUCUCCCACCGAUUCAGUUUGCUGCCCUGCAGUGCUAAGACAAGUAAAGAGCAGUAAAAACUUAUUUGAGUUAUUCAAGUCAGCAGCUGUGUCCCUGAAUACAUGCAGGGAGCAGAUAUGUGGGGCAAGAAGGUGCCAUUUUUACAUAGAGACUUUUCAAAGUAGAAGUGCGCUGUGGGCACAAUCCAACAUCACAUUGAAGUCAACAGCAAGGCUUCCACUGAGCUCAACAGGCGUUGGACUGGGCCCUAAAAGGUUUAAUAUAGAUUUUGAAAAGGCAGAUCCAGUUGGUCACAGAUGUUCCAGUGACAGCAAACCCUGCUGACUAGGUCUUUGUUUGUUAGUUUGUUUUUAAGUAAUAUUUCUUGAUCCUUCCAGAAGUCUGAAUUUGUGGGAUUGCUUUAACCUUGCUGGGGUGUAUAAUCAUUUUCAACUUGGGUUCUGUUUUUGAAAAGGGGGCAAACACCGCAAACAUUGUGUCAUGGUUCAUGCCUGCCCCCACUUUAUUGCCCUCCUCAGUGGAAAUUUAGGUAGGAAGAAAUACCAGUUGCCAUAUCAGUUUUGUGAAGAUGGUAUCCUUUAAGUCUUUUGCUACAUGGAUUCUGACAACAGCGAAGAAUUCAAGGUCUUGGUAGUACAAGAGAGGCCAGCUAAGGCCAGGUCUGCACUACAGACCUAUAUCAGUAUAACUGUGUCGCUUGGGGGCCUGAAAAAUCCACACCCACGAGCAACCUGGUUAUACCUACCUAAUCCCCUGUGUAGACAGCGCCAUGUCAAUGGGAGGGCUUCUCCUACUGACAUAGUUACAGCCUCUCAGGGAGAUGGGAUUAACUACGCCAACGGGAGAAGUUGUCUCAUCAGCAUAGGAGCGUCUUCACUAAAGCCCUGUAGCGGCAGAGCUGCACUGCUGUAGUGCUGUAAAUGAAGACAAGCGCUAAGUGUGUGCAUCAAAUUCAUUCCUCUCAUAUGCAGCUACUACUCCAGGGGGGAUUUCUCCAAUGGGAAUUGUGCCUAGCUAAAUUCAGUCAGCUAUCUGGUGUUUUAUAUAAUGAGAUUAGUGCUUAUUUUUACGGCUGUUUAUUCCCAGGUCAUUAUAUACCAUAAACUGGGUUUUAAAAAAUGGUGUCUCUGCCAUUACACCGAGACAAAGUUAUUCCUUUUUCAGGAAGCCUUUUCUUUCCUGACUCCCACGUACAAAUGGAUAAUAUGAUCCGUAUUGGGUUGAUACGGCUUAAUAAAUGUAUUCUGACAUAAUUUCACAGUA